GGACCCAAAAAAAGGCGCAGUAAUUUCAAUCGUGUACCAAAAAACAAGGGGAAAUCCAGAUGGGUAGGUAGGCUUUCAGUUCUCUCUCCGGCUUCUGCAGCCUCCGGCGGUGUUUUCUUCUCGGAUAUUUUCAGUGUACUCUUAACUCCGGUUCAGACAGCAUAUACACGCAUGCUAGGAUUCGAUUUCUAUACAUUUCUCCAUUGGUUCUUUUAAACGUUGAAAUCUCUUCUUUCGGGUCAUUUUCUCUGCUUCAUUGAAAUUUGCAGAUAUUGCUGUUCCUGAUACAUAAUUCGGCAUGGGAGUUUCUCGAAGUUUAGAGGUCUGGAAAUUGGGCACUGUUAACUACUUAAAAGCUCUUAAGCUGCAGGAGAAAUUGUUUUCUGAUAGGAAAGUUAAUAAGAUUUCAGAUACUCUCUUGUCCCUGCAACAUCCCCCGACAUAUACUGUUGGCAAUCGGAGGACUGUUCACAAUUUACUGAUUCCUGAGUCCGAGCUGAGGAAAAUAGGAGCUGAACUUCACUACUCGCAAAGAGGAGGAGACAUUACUUACCAUGGUCCACGUCAAGCCAUCUUAUAUCCCAUCAUUUCUCUUCGUGAUAUCAAACUUGGUCUUCGGGAUUAUGUUAGGAAACUUGAGUUAACCAUGGUCGAAUUGGCGUCUUUGUAUGGGGUGAAGGCUUGUGCUGGACAGAGUGGUGAAACGGGAGUUUGGGUGGAAGAUAGAAAAAUUGGUGCUACUGGAGUUCAUGUAGCUCAUGGGAUCACUUCGCACGGAUUGGCAUUCAACAUUGAUCCUGAUAUGAACUAUUAUAACAACAUUGUGCCUUGUGGGAUUGCGAAUAAGGAAGUUACAUCUUUGAGAAGGGAGACUGUUAUUUCACUUCCUGCUGACGACGUAAUUCAUGAGCAGUUGAUUACUUGCUUUGCAAGAGUAUUGGGCUAUACUGAUAUCACUUGUAAGGAGAAUCCUUUGACAUUGUCAUAUGACACAGAAGUUGAGCAAUGUAUGAAUCCUUCAGCAUCAUAAAGGAUGUGAAUUGCUGAAUGAAUGCGACCAGUAUAUGCCAGCUACAAAGUAUGUAUAAUUUUGUACUCUGGUUGAUUUAUUGACUGAGGAGUCCAACAUGUUUAUUUUACAUUCUUUACAAAGGUGAAUAAUGCGAAAAGAUCCUUGUCGAUUAUUUGGAAAAUUUAUACACAGAAUAUUUUGAAGUUCUGUAACAACUGAGAAAAUUUAGAAUGUUGCUUGAA